CGAUGCAUCUUCUUAUUUUUGGGCUGCUCUAUUUCUCACUGUUCAAUAUGAUUCGUCGACACUUGAAAAGUUUUUAUUAUUCAGAUCACAAAGUUGAAGCUACAGUUCCAUCCAAGUUCUCACCUUCUCCGUUCCACAACUCUCAAUCAAUUUCAUCAACGUAAACCCUAAUUUAGAUUUAGUAUUCCUCUGAUUACCUUUAAAUUAAUCCAGAAUGGAUAAUAAUAACUUCCAGAACUACCAUCAAUGGCGUCAAGGACCAACACAGCCAAACAUAUGCCCCGUUUGCACGGCGCCGCACUUCCCUUUCUGCCAACCCUCUGCUUUCCCGCACAACCCUAACUUCCCUCCUCACUUCAAUCCGCCGCGUCCUGGGUUCGACUCCUUCGCGGCACCACCGGCUCGACCGCAAAAUCACUAUCCGCUCGGUGAUCCAAGGCCGUGGCAACCUCACCACGCGAAUCAAUGGCGACCGGUUUCUGAUCAUCGUGGUGUCGUUGAUUGCGACAGGGAAGCUGAUCGGAGCUACAAGAGAGCUCGGAUUGAUGCGAUCGGAGGCGGUCAGAUCUCCUGGGAGGACGAGCGGAGGUUGAAGAUGGUAAGGGAUCAUGGUUACGGUGUAGCUCCUCCUCCGCCUCAUCAUCCACCGCCGUACGGAGGCUAUUUCGGUGGUCCUAAUGGUCAGCCUCCGCUUCCUGUUUCGCCACCACCGCCUUUGCCUCCGAUGGUCCCUCCAUCUGCAUCGUAUCCUCAGAUGCCAAAUGCUUCCCCUUCUUUAGCACCAACUCUGUCUAAAGUGAUUGAUGUGUCCCAUUUGCUGAAGCCUCCUCAUCGAUCCACACGUCCUGAUCAUUUUGUAAUUAUCCUUCGAGGACUACCAGGUAGUGGGAAGAGUUAUUUAGCCAAGUUGUUGCGUGACAUCGAGGUAGAAAAUGGCGGUAGUGCUCCACGAAUCCAUUCUAUGGAUGAUUACUUCAUGACUGAAGUCGAGAAGGUUGAGGAGAGUGAUUCGGCUUCUUCAAACUCUGGUAGAAGCAAGAGGUCUGUUGUGAAGAAGGUCAUGGAAUACUGUUACGAACCUGAGAUGGAAGAGGCGUAUCGUUCAAGCAUGCUGAAAGCUUUUAAGAGGACUCUUGAAGAUGGGGCUUUCAGCUUUGUAAUCGUGGAUGACCGUAAUCUGCGGGUACCUGAUUUUGCUCAAUUUUGGGCAACAGCAAAGAGAUCUGGAUAUGAAGCUUACAUACUGGAAGCAACAUACAAGGACCCAACUGGAUGCGCAGCAAGAAACGUACAUGGUAUCACACUGGAUCAAGUACAGCAGAUGGCAGAACAGUGGGAAGAAGCUCCAUCGUUGUACAUGCAACUGGAUAUCAAGUCUUUGAAGCGAUGGGAUGACCUAAAGGAGAGUGGAAUCGAGGAGGUGGACAUGGACAUGGAAGAUGACUUUGCGCUGCCAGAAAGAAAAUCUGAUAACCACACCCAGUCAGAAGGAAAAGGUGCAACAGAAGAGUCUUACAUAAACGAGAGGAAAUGGGAAGAAGAACCCAGCUCCCGUACAGAAGUAAAAGAACUAAGUAAAAGUAAAUGGUCAAAUGUGGAGGAAGACGAUGAAACAGAGAAAUCUCAAAGUACAAGAAGAAACUCAAAAUCACUUUCCAAGUCAAGCCAAGAACGCUUGACGAAAGGUAAAACUGUUUGGUGGGGCGAUAAGGGAGGAGAUGCAGGGUUUUCAAUUGGUGCAAGGAAUAUGAACAUGCCUUCUUUAGUGAUAGGUCCCGGAUCAGGAUAUAACUUGAAAUCGAAUCCGCUAUCGGAAGCAGAGAGCCGUGCACUCGUUGAUGCAAUUGGAAAAGCAAAGGUAAGAGGAAUCUUCCAAGAUCAGCUAAGAGCAGAGCGCGAGUCUUUCAAAGCUGUUUUUGACAAGAGACAUGGUACAUCUUACAAUUCAAAGGACGAGUAAGUGUAUGCAUAUGAUUAAAAACUAAAAUGUAUUAUGUACGUUCAUAUGAAUUUUUAAUGUUUUCCUUAUUA